CCCUGUACCGCCUCCUCAUGCUGCUGCCAGGGGUCCAGAGUGUGUCAUGGGCCCCCGUACCGGACUCCUCAUUGCUGCUGCCAGGCCCGUAAUCUGUCAUGGGCCCCUACUGUACCGCCUCACAUGCUGCUGCCAGGUCCAGAGUGUGUCAUGGGUCCCUGUACCAGGGCCUCCCAUUGCUGCUGCCAGGCCCGUAAGCUGCCAUGGGCCCCCGUUAACCGACUCCUCAUGCUGCUGCCAGGCCCAGUGUGUUCAUGGGUCCCUGUACGGCCUCCAUUGCUGCUGUCUCUAUCGCCACACUCUGCCAUGUGCCACUUUCAGGUCUCCUCACACUGCUGGUGGGUUUCCAUUUUUGUCAUAGGGUGCUGUAUGGCCUCCCAUUGCUGCUGCCUCCACGCCACACUGUGGCUCCACACUCUGGUUUUGGCCCCAGUGACUGCCCAAAUGAGUGAAGUGUGCGGUGAUUCU